AUGAUGUUUCUAAUAAGAAGCAUCUUGGAGACCAUUGAGUUUAUCAUUUUGUUUAUCUAUUACAGUUUGGAAGCAUUCAUUUUAAUGUUCUUUUCUGUUCGAAAAAAAGUCGCUGGGAAAAUAGUGCUUGUUACAGGAGCGGCAAAUGGAAUUGGUAGAGAGGUUGCAUUGAAUUUUGCACGUCUUGGUUCCAUCCUCAUUCUCUGGGAUAUUGACGAAGAAGGUAACAAAGAAACAGCAGAGCUGGUCAAAAACAACGGGGCUCUAGCCGUUUAUACCUACAAGUGUGACUUGCGCAAAAAGGAUGAAAUCUAUGCCGUGGCAGAUAAGGUUAAAAAAGAAGUGGGUGAUGUAGAAAUUCUAAUCAACAAUGCAGGUGUCUUAAAAGGAAAGGCGUUCAUUGAUCUUCCUGACUCUGAUAUGGCAGAAACUCUAGAAGUGAACACUAAAGCUCAUUUCUGGACUUGCAAAGCCUUUCUUCCAGCCAUGAUUGCCUGCAACCAAGGUCAUUUGGUUACUACUUCUAGUGUAGCAGCACUAGCGGGAAGCAAUAAACUAACAGAUUAUUCAGCAAGUAAAUCUGCAGCAUUUGGGUUUUUGGAAUCUCUUGCUUUUGAAAUGAGAGCUGCAGGGAAGGAAGGCAUUAAAACCACCAUUAUCUGUCCUUACUAUGUGGAUACAGAAUUAGUUACCGGGGUAAAAACAACGAGGCCCUUACUACUUCCUAUCUUGGAUGUACGCUAUGUUGGCAAGAAGAUUGUGGAUGGCAUUCUGAAAGAGAAACUUUAUAUUGUCAUACCACCAUAUAUCGGGCUCAUUGUUCUUAAACUAUUUCUUCCUAAGAAAGUCGUUUUCCUUCUUGCGGAAUAUCUUGGACUCUUCGAUAAUUUAGAUCAUUUCAGAGGUGAGGUUAGAAGAGGACAUAAUGCAGAGGACUGAGAAAUGCUGUUCUGUACCCUAACUGAAACUUUUCCCUACCUUACUAUACUCCUAUUUCAUAUA